AUGGCCUUCACUGAAGGCAAGCAGACACAACUCGGCCACGGUCCUUACGACCCCCAUCCUGAUAAAGUGGAUGGGGGCCGCCCAGACGAUGGUGUCAUAAAUUCAAAGGAAAAACAAACUGAUUAUAUGCCCAUCGAGGAGCCGCCAUCACCAUCGCACAGUGAGGAAAUAAACGGGCCGCUAAACAAUUCGAUGCCGAACAAAACCAGUCAGAUGGCUGUUAGGAUUCGCAGCAAUGAACAGCCCAGCUUCCAGCAAAACGUCCGACAAAGCGGCCGAGGUCUUAGACAAAGUUUUUACAAGAGAGGCGGUCUGCCGUAUAUUGGCGAGAAUUCUGAAGCCGUCAGCAGUAACAGAGCACUCGGCAAACCCGAAAUGACAGAGCGGUAAGUAAAAUGCUGUGGUAAUUUAGAGAGUAGACUGCGCUAGUCGCGUUGAGACAAGUUUAUACUGUGGAUCAUUUGACGCCAUAAUGAUAAAGCACAAAUCAACUUGCAAACAUAUCCGUAUUUGCUUUUGUCUCUAAUGAUGGGUUAGAGCAGGGAUCCGAAACGUCAGGCUAAUAAAGCUCUUGUCCCAGUGAUCGCGUCUCCUUCUUCAAUAAUGGAGUUUGUUUGCUUGAGUAUUGAAGUAGUAGUUUAUCAGAGUUGCGAAAGUUCCCGUUGAAAAAUUCGAAAGGCAAUUUGGCGAGUUUUGGAUCGCUAAACGUAAGACGUAAUUUAAUCCGCUGUUUGAUCGAAGGGGGGAAAAGUGUCUACACAGCUUAUAGCAUCGAAGAAGAGUCUAAGACCAUUGAAGGGCUUUUUGGUCAGAAUGGGGGUCCUGAUGGAUUCAUUGCUAAGCCCGUAGUCGAAAGACCACCAAACUCCCCGAUAAUGACGGCAUGAAAGAAAAGGCUUUUCAUCAGGGUCCCAUUUCAAGGGAACGUGCCGGGUGGACUUCUAAGAAAACGCCUAACUCAAACUGUAUCACGGACCUUUCCAGCAGCUGAUACCCAUGUACUGCUCUCCACCAAUCUCAUCCUAAUCGGGGAGGGCAAGGAGAACUACCAGUCCAGACUACCUCUAUGUGUAUUUUAUCCUACACCUGCUCCUGUGGGGCAGAAUAUAUUGGUCGCACGAGCCGGCGUUUGUCCAAAAGUGUAAAGCAAAAUCAUCCACCAUGGUCAGGCAAGGGUCAAAUAAAGAAUAUUAACAGCUCUAUCCUCAUGCACAUGGUAGACACAGACCGCCGUGUAGACGCCAGAGGGGCCUUCCGAAUGAUUUACAAGGUUCUGUCAGGCUAUCCAAAACUACUUCCGCAGCGCCUGUUGGUUACCGCAGAGGCGACUGCAAGCAGGCUACGCGAACCAGUCAUAUGCGCACAGAAGAACUUCGUAUAAGUCCCACAGUUGCCAUGGUAAAAGCAACCAAGCCAGCCACCCGCAUAGAAUUACCCUUCCCGGGUCUAACUUCUCCCUGACGCUAACUGGAAUUUUGGUGUUCCACUAUCCCCCCCCCUCAAACUCCAGCUACAUCAUAAUUACCUACUUGCCCCUAUCUUUUAAUCCAUUAAUUCAAUGACCAUAAAAAUGUACAGACCUGAAGAGGAUUUAUCGAAAACAGACGUAUGCUCGCCAAAUUGCCUUUUAUAAGUUUAUCCUCCAACAGGGGACGAGGACUGUCUCCGAAAAUCCUAUCUCAGAAACAUGCACCAACGAGUUCCACACAGCAGCAGACACGAAGUAAAUUCAAUCCUCACUCUAAAACCUUUGCUAGCCUGGCGUUUUAUAUUCAUUCUAAAGCACCCAAUUCAUUCUGCCUUGGAUUAUGGGCACGGAAAGGGGUCAAGAAGGUCAGAUUAUGGAAGUUUUUGUUCAAGUGAUCGUGUUCUCGCCUUCUUAAUCCUGUAUUCUGCCAGUUCUGCCGACGCGCAGGUGAAAACGCGGUAAAUAGCAUGGCAAGUCUAAACUAUACUCCACUACUGACCAAAUUGGUGAAUCAGGUGUCUUUAUGAAGGAGCCAUGCAUUCGAACGCAGAAAACUAUUCGGAGGCAUGGAUAUGUCAAUUAUCCGUGUACCCACCAGAUUGUAGAACGAAGAGAUAUCGCCUUGUUUUCCAACUGUUACAUAAUUCUAAUAAUCAGAAAUUUAGGGAAACCUUGAUGUCGUAUGUAAUGCCGGAUGAGGCAGUGAGCUGCGCCUGUACCUAUGUGACAUCUCCGUUCCUAUGAAACGGCUAUGAGAGACCUGGCAAGUAGUAGCCAAGUCCCAUGCUUAUAUGGAAGGACUGUGAUUGCGGAUGCCUGAUGUCUUCACUGACAGUUCGACUGUCGAUUUCCACGAUAUCCACGGUGUGCUCCACAGCAGGGUGAGAACAGGGACGACGACAUGCACGUGAAUUAGUUUGUAGUGGUAGUGUAGUGGUACUGCACUCUCUCCCCCUCUUCCACCUGGUUUCGGUGUCAAGACAGAGUCAGGAAGACCGGAGGCGCGGUGUGACGCAGGUGACUGGCACGGAGUAAAUCCGCACCUAGGUGUACCACCACACCCCCUGGCCCACAACGCACACUGACCAGGAUUUUGCACAACAAUAGGAAAAGGGGUGGCUCGGAUCCCGGCUGAGUGGGAGUGAAAUAAAGUUUACAUUAAGAAGGAGCCAUGACAGCCUGUCUGUUCGCCCCGAGAGGGGGAUCAGUUUAUCUUAUGCGUUGGUAGCCCUCCAAGCCACGGCCUUUAGCUCACCAUGAUAGCUUAAACGCGUGUCACCUUGUUUAAUGUAAGGAGUGUGCGCUGGGGGUCGACCUCACACUCUCCCUCCUCCACAUGCAACAGUCGAUACUGCGAGUCGAUCUAACUUCAGGUACGAAGAGAGGGCGCAGUGACUGACAGAGUUAAACAGCCCGUCUGCGCGUGCCACUCGCGACCCAGCCCUCCGCACACAAAGGGGUGGACGGCCCGUAUCCCAUGUGCGUGGGAGCGCCAUAGAGGCCACAUUAGGAAGGAGUUAUCGCAGCCUGCCUCUCGGUCCACCAGUUCGCCACUCCACACAAACACACCCUGGGCUGACUGCAAGGUUCGAGUUAUCCCGUCAGUUGACAGCCUUCCAGGCCACGGCUUUUAACACACCGUGAUUGAUUUCAGCGCGUCAGAUUGUUGGUAGGGAGGACUAUGCGCUGACAGUGGACCUCAUUCUCUCCUCCCUCUGCCCGACCCUCCAUUGUCGGAGCCGGUCAGUUGUCUGACGUGCUAUUGCGUGCAUUGGCUGACAGAGCUCAAAUCAAUCUGUCUGCACUUGCCGACACACGACCUGGCUCCCACAAUAUAUGCUGAGUUUCCACAUAAAGGGAACAGUCACACAGUCUUCGAAUAAGUCUAGACACUGGCGCGUGUGUUCCUUCCUUCCCAUAUUCGCGUUGAGAGGCUGUGUACGGUUCAUUUUUGGCUGGCAGUCUAACUUAGAAAACUGUCGAAGGAAAAAAUGCCUUCUGAGUCUCUUCAGUAUUCGCUGUCAAGAGUCGGUCUGUCCGGACGCGUUACAGAACGCAAGCUGCGUGGCCAGAACACGCGCAAACAGGAAUGCAUUUAUGCACAGGAGAGCCAAAAUGAUCGCCAGAUAAGCUCAUUGGCGGGCUAGAUUGAUCUCAGCCAGGAUCACACAGGUGUGCUCGCGCGUGUUUUCUUUUUGCAUGUAAUUACUCGAUCCUGAUGGUGGCGGUUAACGACAAUGUCCAGCUCCCAAGACAGAUUGGUUCACUACCAGCUUUCAGUUAUGAGAAAAGUAUGCACGCCUCGUUUUGUAAAAUCUGGCAGGUCAGUCAACCCCCAUUGAAGGCAUGACGUACAUUUCAACUAUCGUUACCUGAUUCCAGACCUUCUAAUCUAAAAAAAUGACUUUGCAAAUUGAGGUGAACUUUGAAGAUGCACACUCCUUUACUAUAAACUUUUUUGAUUUUGCUACUGAACUCUAUCCCAGGUCUAUCAAGACUGACAAUUUCCCUGACUAAAAUGAACUAUCCGAGCGUCUAUUGAGUUGAGUACAUCUGAUUGCUGAAUUACUUUGAAAGCCGAGAUUUAGGUUUUGCUCGUUGGUGAUCGUGAGGUAUCCGCUCAUUUUACGGACCCGUGUUCUGUAAUUUGGUUGUGUACGUAACAAUAAGGCAGAUUUUUGGCUUACUAUCAAAGCUGUAGUAAAUUCAAUCUCUUCUGUCAUCAACAUUGUCAUCUUUCAAAAAUACCUGCAGGACUUACUAAGAAACUUCGAGUCGAUUUGCUAAUCCAGGGACGCGGGCACUAUAUAUAGAAAACCUAGACUUUGCGACGUCGCUUUGCUGGCCCCAGACGUUGUUACAUGCAAUUUUGGACCAUAAAAAUCAAUUGACACACUUCUAGUUUCCCUGUCACCUUCAGUUGUGCCUGACAUUUGUCCAGUCUGGAAUAACUGGUGAUGAACUGGGAUAAUUUACGAACUACUCGCGUUGCAUAUCUAAAAAUUCUUACCGUGUUAUACCAGCGACUAUUAUUUUUCUUUUGGAUCGUCGGAAUCAUGAAGAAAGUUGCAAUUUUUAAAAAUGGUACUUAGCCUAAGCCUAUUGUCUCAUUACACGAAGGUUGAUAAAGUGGACAAUAUAUAAGGAUUUUUCACUUUUAACCGCGAUGUUUUACAGCCUGGUAAACUCUUCCAGUGACUUUCGACUAGCUAUACGUUUCUUCAGCCUACUUUCAGGUGGGUAUUACACUUCAAGGAGUUGCCUAAUUGUAGACAUACAACUAAAAUCUUUUCCGUUUUACUUGAGUAAGGUAGUUGAAGAAAGAACCUCAGUUUGCGAACCAGAUGUCAAAAUAAGGCAGGUAGGAACCAACUUUUAGGGGUAUGGAAAAACUUCGAUGCGACCUCUGGAAUCAGAUAAGCUAUGUGUACCCGGGAGGAAAGAAACCAACGGACAAUUGGUCUUUGAAGUCUUUAAUUUCUGUAUUUUUUGCCCAAGUUGCUCUCGUGUGUUGCCCAGUUUCCAGCGAUAUUUACCGGUGCAGUGAGGAGGAGAGGUAGGGGCCGGUUACGCUUUCCUGUUCCCAAAUGUAAGCGCAAUAUGGGCAUUGCAGGUAAGGUAAGCCGAAGGAGGAUGCUGAAAUCGUUUGCGGGAAAGCAGCUAAAGCUAAAUUGAAUUUAGGAUUAGGGUUUGUGUUAAGUUUGAGGGUUCCGGUCAAAGUUAGGGUUUGGGUUGCAGUUUAGGUUUACGCCUAAUGUUAAGGUUGGGGUUAGGAUUAUUGUUAAGGUUAGGGUACAGUUAUGGUUAAGGGUUAUGGCAAAAGUUGGGAUUAGGGUUUGAGUUAGGGUUAAGUUUAGGGUUAGGAUUUGGGCCAGGGUUAGAGUUAGGACUAGGGUUUGUGGUAGGUUAAGGUUAGGUUUAGUGUAAAGUUUAGCGUUUCGUUUAUAAUUAAGUUGACAUUCAAAGUUACGGUUAGGUUAACCGUCAGUUUGGGGUAUUGCUGUCCCACUUUUCCCGUCAGUCUGGUGUUAUGCAGGGAUUCUAGGUUUCCUUCAAUCUCGUGACAGAUUUGUCAUACAUCAGGUUGCUUUUUCCGUUUCGGCCUGAGCUAUUUUUCCCACUAACGAUUUCAACAUCCCCUUCGGCUUACUUUUCUUUCAAUGCCCAUAUUGCGCUUGCAUUUGGGGCCAGGACAGCUCAACCGAACCUUGCCGAAUAUGAGAAAGAGGGAGAAAAAUAAGAGGAAGAAGCGUAGGGGGAGGAAAAGUAGGGGAAGAGUGGGGGGAGGAGGAGGGGAUGAAAAAUCAGAACACAAAGAUUAUGAUGGAGGAUGAGUAAAAAGACACGGGGCGGAGGCAGGAUGAAUAAAGAGGCAGAAGUACAACAGUGUCAACUUUUCAGAUUGGCAAAGUUGAGAGAUCCGGGUUGAUGAUUUGAUCCCAUCCUUUUCUUCAAGUGUCAUCUUUGAAUUCGUCGUAUGUGGUAUUGGCACCGCUUACCAUCACUGGGAUUCUUCGGACGUACUCGAAAGUAUCAGGUCCUCAAGGCUUGCAUCAUGAAGUCGAGUGAUUCCCUACGCCAUUUGAAGUGCAGAGACGGUUCGCAUAGAGAUAGAGAACGGUCAAGAGGACGCAAAUGCCUCAUCAAAGUUAACUACUUCUAAAAAUACGUGCGUUGCGGGUAAACUAAACUUUAGGUGACGAUGAGAUCUGCGACAUGCAUUUAAGGCUCAUUAAUAUUCGUCCAUUUUCAACUACUGCAAAGCUCGACCCGGCGGCAUAAUUAUGCCGAGUUUAACGAACCAGGAGAAUCAUGCGUAUCGUCUACUUCAGAUUUCUGCCCCAAUUCUACUGUUUUGAUGAAUUCAUGUAAAAAAUGUUCUUUCUGAUCCUACACGAGUAAGAAAAAAGGAUAAUUUUCUAGUUUGCAGUGCAAGAAAUGAUCCAAUGCUAAUACAACAGACUUUAUAACACACAAUUGUUUUCAUCAUCUUUAAAAAGUGUCGCGGCAAUUUAUGACACUUAUAUGAAGAAAACAAUCCGUGCUUUCACUAAUUUUAAUCAUUUUUUACGUUCUUGGUCGACUCCACUUUUUUACGUCUCGCAGGGAUAUCCCUGAUCCACAGAUACGGACACAUUUUCCGACAUUGAAGACUCCAGAAAAACGAUCAUUUUCACUAAAUCAUCAGGCCUAGGCAGGUACUUAAAUCAAUAGUCUAGAAGAAUACACCAAAAGAGUAGGCUCUGAAUUUUGAAGACUUCAGAAUAACAGGACACUAUAUGAGUAUGUACAGUUAGAGGUGAGUAGUUAAUCGGGUGUGGAGAUUAGUAGAUUUUAGGAAGCAUAGGAAGAAGGGGAUGAUAGAGAGAUGAGGGUGGGAGCGAAGAUUGGUUGUCACGAGGACUGUAUCAUACGGGUGUCUGGAUAUGAUAGCCACUGAAUCUGUGUCAUAUCUUCGCGCGUAGAAAAUGGGGUCCUUUGGGGGCAGUUUCAGCUGUUGCAGUGACCUUUUGUACAGUUCUGUUCUUCUAAAAUUCUUUAAAGGUUUUGCUACAGUCAAUCUGAUGCGGAUUUGUCACCAUCUGUUCCAGGUUGGAACUGGAAGUGGCCUUCCUUUCGUUUUUGUUCCUCAUACAAGCAGAUGCUCCUUAUUUCUCCUACAAAUCGUCUGGUCUUUCGACCGAGGUGGCCUCUUACCUCAGAAGAACAAAUACCUGAGUAGAUACGUAGGCAGUCGUAAACUUCCGCUUCUCUUUGCAUCCCUUGGACAGGUGGUUAUGAAGAGCACUAGCAUUUAAGAUGUCUUAAGUGUUCUGGCGAAAGCUAUAGAUACUAUGUGACUUAAUAGUUCACUAUGAAACUCAGCCGAGUACGGCUUAAGUUAGCGAAUUUUCGUCUCCCAUUGCGAUUGUGUUCAGUUCCGAUACGCAUUCGUGUUCCCAAGUGAUGAACGCCCGGUUUAACUGUAUUCCUGAAGGCAUUAUCCUUACUCUUACAUCCCGGAGGAGUCUAUUCUCUUGUCCUGUCGGUCAGCCAUCUAGUUAAAAUUAUGGUUAUCUAAGGGAUUGAAACUUUAAAGCUCGUAUACUGUGUUGCCCAUGUUGGUUCUUGAGCGAUUAUUCGGCGGUUUGCUCUUACAGUCCCGUCUGGUUGAUGCCACAAGGUUAGCUUCCUAAAACAGUGUUAGUUAACAUGCCUAGCUUAGUCACUCGCUAGAUUAGAAAGAGGAGAGCGCAAUCAGAGCUGGGAGCAUGCACAGGGAAACCGGUAUGGAGCAAUGCUUGGUAUAACUGGGGGUGGCUUGUACACACCCCGCAACACAGCCACUCUCUGUAUUAAGAGGAUGAGGGGGAUGCAAUCACAACUGGAGGGCCAUGAAGGGAGCCGUGUGUCAAUUCGCAGUUCAUGGACUCUAUAGUGAAAUCAACGGAGUUCCACUCCGUUCGAACAUUGCCAUUAGAAAGCCUUCUUUGUCACUUGCUGGAUUAAGAUAGUAAAAAGGGCGCAUGCCGUCGACAUACUGAACAUAGUAAUUAGGUGUACCAACGAGUGCCUGCAAUUGCGUUCGUCUGAAUAUUCCUAUGAAAAUUAGCAAAAAAGAUUCUAAUGGUGGCGAACUGGCAAAAACUUCCGUGUGUCAGUAAAUACGCCCGGGAGAUUUAAUUCCACGUGGAAAGUACACCUGCACGAUAGAUCCUUUAGAGCUGCCAUCGUAGAUCGUGUCUUCAGUGUUUUUACGCCUUUACCUAACAAUCCUAUUUGGGUGAACGCUGAUAACCAUUAAUGACACACUGAAAAUAAGCAUUGUUUCUCAAUCUAUAUCCGAUUAUUUUAUAAAUUUGACAAAGUUAAAUGUGUUAAGUAUACAAUGGGGAAAGAGUAAGGUGUGAAGAGGCCUUAUUUUACAUGAAAACUCCUUUGAAACGGAAUGGUACGUCAAGUUCUUCAUGCUUUCUAUCGGCUGAAUAGGGAGUUUCUAGUAACACCUCUAACCUGAGGUGCUGACAUCCGUUUUCAACAAGUCCCCAAACACCAUGCAAUCGAUUAAAGUAAGCCUUCAAUCUUUACUCAGUGUCAUCUGCUUGAUAUUUUUCUCGAUCCAGUUAGUUCCAUCUCCUGGGCAACAUUUAGCCUCCUGUUGUAGUCAUCUUUUUUAUGAGUAAGAUUCAAAUGCUUUUAUCUGGCUUUUUCGGACGGAUAAAAGUGUUUUGUUUCAGUUAUUCAAAGUAGAUGGACUUGAGGGAGUAGAGCGUGAUCGUAGGCUCUCGGUCUACAUAUUCGUAGCAGCUUUUGCCUGGAUAGAUUUUAAAUACCCUGGUUUUUAUGUUGAUCGUUUUACAUCGUGUGUCGGUCAAGCGAGAUUUUCACAGGAUAAUCGACUAGGUGAUUCUGUACCACUUAGCGUGUAAACAGACAACAGUGUUGACAAGUUAUUAACGUGCCAUUCGAGACGGCCAAUGGAAGUAUGUUCGAGGUAUUUUUUGUUCUACAUUUUGAUGAACUACUGUGCACGUGUACUCACUUUGCGCUCCUGACCGGCGCUAGGGAGGUAGAAUGAUGUAAGGUGCAAAUGCUACUUUUUCCAGAAAUCUUCGAUCGUGGUUUUAGCGCCCACUAGGUCCUGGUGUUGCAGGCGUUGCAAACCUCCAUACAGUCAGUGACCGAUCUCAUGAAAUGUUGACUAAAAGCCUGAAAUGCGUUUUCGAUUGGGGAGGAUUACUUACGUGAGGUCGCAAUAUUGAUUAUCAUGCGCCAUAAUCCUCCGAUAUUUCGAACCUACCAGGAUGCUGGCAUUUUUGGCCGCCUGAAUGGACCGCAAUCGGAAAAAACGACUCCUCAAGUAGCAUGCAUUUUUAUAUUGAUUUCUGAUGACUUUAAAUACUCUCACAUAUUUUGAAGAAAGAAUGCACAAAAUACGUUUUCUUUCACUCAUUUGGCAGCAAAUUACAUCGCCUUCGCAUUUAUGCUCGAAGAAAGGGCAUAUUUAGGUUUCGAAUAAUUUUGAGCAACAUCAACUGUUGGAUUAGCGUUUAGCGAUUUCAGGCUACAAGGUGUGUAUUUUCCGCGUAAGGAAGAUCAUACACUUUUCUGUACUUAUAAGAAGAUACCAUGUACUAUUAGUACGAUGUGUACGUCAUGAGGAAAACUAACAAAUGAACAGGUACGAUACUGUACUAAUGAACAUUGCAUGGUCUUAAAAAUCUCAUUGUAAGAAACUUUGUUUAAAGCCAAAAAUACCUUUCUUCGAGUAUAAAACGUGAGGUCGACAUAAUUUGUCUGACGAUAAUUUUCUGAAAACUGCUGUUCAUCUAGUUAUAUUUUAUGAAAUUAAUAAAUGAAACGGUUUGCGAGCCUGAACAUCUGUUGUUACAUGUUGUAAAUUCUUAGUCUACUUUUCUCCUACAGAGUUUCUCCUGCUGAUGGAGAGGAACGUCCCAAAAAAUACCCUGUCGCAACCUUCGCGAGGAAUUCUCAGAUUCGAAAUCGACCACCAAACCCCGUGGUAUAUUCCACUUUUGUACUAAAAUGGAUAUAUGCUAUAGAAAAUAGGUGCCGAAAAAUCAGGCAGAGUAAAACUCCUGCAUGUGAUAUCCCUAUAAAUCAAAAGACAACAGAUAAAUGAACAUUUUUGGAAGUUAGGAGGAAAAUCAUAGUCUAUUAUCCUUAUGAUAUGUACAUGUGAUGUAGAUGAAUAAGACCCUUGGGGUGUGCUUGUGGUGGCUGCAGUUACAGGUGAUGAUAUUAUAAGCUCUUUAGUUUGUGCGCAAACCGAGGGUGUUCAGGAAUAAGGAAAGUACCACCAGUGCCUCAAAAGUGUUAAAGACUUGAGAAGGAGCCUAACUUUGGUGAAGGGAACUUGCGCAACCUCUUAAUAGUUUUCUCUUUCCGCCCUCAUAGUGUUCCAGUGGUGUAGGUACGUCAAGAGAACAACUAUAGUUCACCUUGAAAAUCCUUUUAAUCCAUGCUGAUAAACCGUCCAUGCUUCAUUUUUGGCACCAACUUCUUCCGCAUCUCCAUAUUCUUGUUGAGAAGGAAGCCAAAUAUGUUCCCUACGUAAAAUUGUAGCCUUCCUAAGGCCUGACCAGACUGGGAAGUUCAGAUUGCGACGUUGCUGCAAGUACAGUUUCCCAAUCAACACUUUUCUUUGGAGCCGCAGGACGAUGGCGAUAGAGAGUGGCUGUUUGCGGCAAGCAUUUGCGGGCUUGCUUCUAUUUGCGCAAGAAGAUAGUUUCUUCGAUAUGGACAUUUGGCCUAGGGUUUACACGUUAACAGUUAAAAAGUCCCUAACAGAUAUUCAUUCACACUUCUAUUGUAAGUUCCAACGCGCUGUCGUCAACGAACAUAUCAUGUAUUGUUCUUUGGAGGAGUUUGUUGAGACAUAGCUUUUUGAAUGACAAAGAACUUGACUUUGGUUCAGAAGUCGACCUCGAAAGCUUACUGUCGCUCUCUGUACAAGUCCAGCAGUACUCCGAAGAAAACGAAACUAAGAAGAUUUGGCGCUAAUAUGCAGUACGGUUUCACUUUAUGUGUCCUAUAGAGGACACCCGAGAUCGACCCUUCAUUGUUACCGUACAUUGCAUGCAAUUUCAGAGUAAAGUCAUAGAGAGAGCUAAAUAGUCAGAACUUCCAGAGUUCUACCUGAGACUAUUUCUGCUCGAGGUUUCGCAGGCCAUUUUGAAAUCUACAAAGAGGACUGGAAGCCAAUUCAAAUUUCCAGGCUUUUUCUGAGGCUGUCGCAUUGCGGUGAUCAAAGCAAUGAGUACUCUUUGGGCAGCAUACAUAGCGCUGCUAUUAGGAAUUCCUCUUCGGGCUGUGGCAUUAGGAAGUGAACCAAAUCCGCACAAGGAGGUACGCCACCAAAUUAAGCAAGAUGUCCUAGUGUUUGCGGAGACUUACCGGUUUUCUUUGCGCAUCUGGAAUUUUGUGGCAUCUCCGUAUUCUCCAGAGAUUUCCACUUAAGUCCACACGCUUAGAACAGAAGCCAGGUUCCUGAUUAGCUGAGGGUUGUUGCAGUUAAAGAUCUAAGUAUAAUCGAGGUACAGUCUGAGUCUUUCCCAAUGAAGAGGUAAAAACCUAUCUGAUGCAGCUCCUCAUCCUGGAAAAAAGCCGUGGACGGUUCAAAAAUGAGUAGUCUGACAGCCAAAGACCACCGAAUUCGCGGGCAACUGUGCGGUUCCGCUUAAAAUAAGCGACAACGAGAUUUCGGUGGACAAGACCGUAGGCGACCUUGAUGUCCCAGAAGAUUUUUCCUACUUCAUCCCGGCUAGUACUUUUGUGAACAUUCCCUGAGACUUGAUGCAGCCAGGUUUUUAAGGUUUCCACUUAAUCAUCAAAGUUACCAUUCGAGCGUCGUGACUGAGGCUUUUCUUUCGAGAGUUAUGUUGGCCUGAGUAACUUUAAGAAGUUAUUUCCGUUCAGACAAAAUUUUCUUAGCUUAUUCUUCCUUUCUGUUGGCCCCGACUUUGCGUCCGGGUCUUAGGGCCUUUGACGCAGAUGUUUAUGUCAUUCCUUGCUGUGCACCUCAUCUGAUAGCAUCGUCCUUCUCCUCUUCGAUGAAGACUUGCUCUAUUUUGGUGGUCAUGUAACACGCACAUUCUCUUCAACAGUUCAGUGUGCAGCCUACUUAGCGCGUGCUUAUCUUGAGAUUGCCUUUAUGGCUGGGUUAAAAAUACCACUACACACCCUCCUCUUGAGUACGUAGUCCUUUGCGCGUUAAUUACGCGAGGGUCGAUGGGUUAAUUUUCUUACUCGACUAGGGAAGAGAAAGUAGUUUUUUAUGAUAAGUCGAUUUAUUCCGCUCAGAUAUUUAAUUUUAAAACCCAGUGCGUGCUUAUGUUGCCGACUUCAUAGCAUCUUUCCAGGUGACGUAAUCUUUACCAAUCGGCUUACAGAUAUCUCUAUGACUAAAGCCGCGUGCACGAAGAUGACGUGAGCCACCACAGCACCUGUCUAUCACGUCCUUGUGUGUGGUUAUCAAAUGAGAGUGAGCAUCGAAAAUUGCCGCGAAUACACUUCUGGAAAAUGGUAGAUUUAAUCUAGUUGGAAAGCCACUACUUUUAUUAAGAAAUGUGGGAAGUUUCUCUACGUGAUCGUUCCUGGUGUCAAAAGGGACUCCUACGUCACGGCAUCCCUUUAAUAGCAUCCUCCGUCGGCUUCAAUCAGUUGCUGCGGUUCAGAACAGCCAGUUUUGAUGAAGGCAACACCCUGGCUGCUGUGAGCUGGAGGGCAACCACAACUGUUCCCCUUUCUGAUAGGGGGUUUGUCGAAUUACCUAUAAGGAAACAGAAGCUAGAGACUGCUAGACUGGACAAAAUGAAUGUGGCGGGAAGGGUGUAAGAAAGGCUGCUUUUCGUAUUUGUGGAGUUUUGAUAGUGGAUACCUCCCUCCCAACAGUGAAGUCCCGCUGACCAGUUGGGUAAACAGGCGGAUUGUAGGUGCAUAUGCAGUAGAUGGCCUAUCUCAUGAAAUGUUAAUCGAAAUUCUGGAAUACGUUGCCGACUAGGAAUAAUUACUUUUAGGUGGGAGACAUGAUAUUUCAGUCACGCCAAGAUGCCGACUUUCGAAUGCUCUUUUUCCUGGUCACCUGCAAAACCACUCUUUCUAUAAAACUACUAGUUAAUUAAUGUGUAUUUUUCCGUUUAUUUUCAAAGUCAUUAUGGAUUUAAAUGUAUUUAAAAAAGUGUACAAAAGCACGUUUGCCUGUAUUUAGGUGGUAGAAACUUCUGACUUCCUAAAAUCUCAGGCUUGAAGAAAGGGUAACCUUCGGUUCUAAAAAGACCUUUUCUCUUAUUAACUCUGGAACUUAUUUGCAGUUGCAUUUGUCUUCAAAGUGCCCAAAUUUCAUGCUGUAUGCUUCCCGUGUAAGAAAAGUCGUAUGUUCCUCUAUGCUAUUAAGAAGGUGCCAUAUAGGGAUCAUGAACUUUGACAGUGGAGGUGGACUAAGCUAUCAGUUUUCUGAAACUGAAAUAUUACCUUACUUAGAGUAUAAGAUUUUGGAAGACGCCAUCCACCAUCAACUUAGUUCAGGAAAGAAUGCUUUGUGCAUAUUUUCUUUAAAAUAUAGUUGAAUUUGUUAAGGCCUCGAAAAUAAAUAAACAAAUCAUACUACCUAAGUAAUCAUUUUCAUUAGGUGGUAAUUUUGUACGUGGAUGGGCAGCAGCUCGUUCAACAUCCGCAUCCUAGGGUGACAAAGUUAACUCGAGAUUAUAUUGCAAGAUAUUCAAUACAAAAACACCCGGGUAACCAUUUUUGACCGAAAAUACAGUUCAGAAUCUCGGUUAACAUUUCAUCAGAAAGGACACAUACUCUACUUUCUUCUUGUCCGACGAUUGCGAAGUUAUGGAGCUCGAAAGUCAACAGUAACCCACAGAGGGGACGAGCCUAGCAUCUCAGUGGGAGGCGGUGGCAGCGAAAUAGACAUGUUACACAGACAGUUCCUACAGAACAAGGAUAAAAUCAGCUCUAUGGACUAAAGUGGUGGAGUAAAAGAGCCCCACUCAACUACAAACCAAAAGUGCUUUCGUAGGAAUUUUCCGUCGUCAGAAUUUCUAACGUCGUCAUGGUAGGAAUCGUGUGUUAUCAUUCUCUUCGAAAUUCACACCGGUACCAGCCAUACUGUACGUGGCGACUGUUGGAAUCAGGUUGUGCAGACCGCUUUCGCGUCUCCUCCCCGGCCUCCUCGACUUGACCUUCUCCACUGGAUUGCUUUCAGGAUUAACUACAGUUUCAGAAGCGGGACGUCUCUCCCGUUACUCCUGCAAAAGUGUUUUCCGGGUCCUCUGAUCAAUUUUGGGGUAUUUUGGUGACAUCUUUCGAGUGUCAUUGAAAAUGUCGGUUUAUCGACAAGCUUAGCACCAGCGUAUUUUGUAGGCGGCGCCCAGGACUUUUUCACACGUCUGCUACACUGCGCCGAUUUUUCUGGAAAGGUAGCGGAUGACCAAGGCUAUUAUCGGCUAAUACUUGCGUCGGUGUGUUAAUGACUUUAACAUAGUCAUCUGUUGGACACUAAACGCGCUCCUUCAGUACUCGACCGUGCACCCCAGGAUCCAAAAAAUGUCUGACUGCCGGAUAGUAAGCUGUAAAAUGCACGACGGCGACCUUAAACUCGAUCCGGUUUCGUAGACUGUGUUGAUAGUUAUGAAGAUUUUCCCGUGUUCUUCACGCUUCGCGUGUCCCUGGUUUUCACGCGCCUUGCAAAUAAAACAAUUGUUUUGCACCUCUCACAGUCUUUGGAACAGUUUACUUUAGUGUCUGGUAAAUACUGUCUUGCUUGUGACGCAGAUGCUGUUUGUAUGGCCUUGAUUCUCCUCAGAGGGCAGACUCCGGAGAUAUGCGCUGUUUUCAAAGAGAUGGCCUUUGUUUUUAGUCUGCAGGUCCUAGGAAUUCCAUAUGGUGUGAAUGACGUCCCGCAUCCUCCAAGAAUCCACCCUUCUGUUCUUGCGUGUCCUACAGUUUGACGUUUGCUUUGCGGGUGCGAUCCCGUCUGUGCUCGAGAUGGUCUUAUGCUGUAAUAUCUUAUCACUUCGGUGCUGCCUUCCCCAAGACCAUCUUCCCGGUUGGAUCUGCAGCCCUUCUUCGGGCUGGCCAGACAACCAUUGGUUUAGCAUUUCCCACCACGCGACAUUUCGACCGUCACGGACGACGACGAUGACACGACGUCCACGACGUGCCUCACCAAGUGCGCACGUGAAGUAGUUUAUAUUGAAACAAAUCUGCACCGCAUCUGCCACGCUCACUCCUCCCUCACCUACCAGGCUCUAGUGGUAGUAAGACAGAGUCAGAAAGAACAGAGAUGGGCUCUGCACAGUGGCUGACUAGGCAUGCCACACACGGCCUGGUCCAUACUCUACGUGCACCCGGUUUUAUGCGUGGGCGGCUCAGAUCUCAGACGACAAGAGUCUCAUAAAGGCCACAGUAAGAGGGGGCCAUUGUGACCUACCUAUCUGUUCUGAAAAGGAACGAGUUGUUCAGUCAGCUGGUACCCUUCAAAGUCACGAUCCUUAACGCGUUGGGAUAGAUUAAGACGAAUAAGAUUUGUUGCAGUGAGGAAUGGAUUGCCUUGUCGGGAAGAUGAAUUCUCCAGUUUCGGCAUCAUUUGACUGUCCGGGGCUGUCAGAAAACUAGUGAUGGGAUUGGACACAGUGAUUGUCGCAGCAUCAAGGCCUACAUCAAGGCGUGCCAAAAGACCCUUCUAAUGUACGGCAGUAGCCAUGGCCUCGUGCGGACACAGAGUGGCCUGAUUUACGCAUGCCGUUGGUCAAUUUGGUCCCAGUUAUGGUUCAGCGUAUUUUCAGCGUGGUUUAUCGGCCAUAAUCAGAUCUGAAAGUGAAUUUUAGCGGCAGUUGCCGAAGGCACUCUUUCUGAUAAUUGCCUCUUGUGGAGGCAAGCAGUGUAUCCCUUAAGUGGACUCGCUGGACAUUCCAGCUUGUUGCCGAAUCUCACUAUGGCUGACUACUUGGUGCAGUAAAAAACGGCCCGAAUUAGCGUGAGCUGUCUAUAGCAUUUCGUAUCGCCCUCUCUGUGGGGCCUCUUUUAAAAGUGAGUUUGUUGGAGGGGACGGAGUGCUGAAGAUGAUUUGCCCGUGAAAAGAAAGUAAAACAGACCUGCGUAGGAUCGGUCUUAUGCUCUCCCAGUCUUGUUGUGAUCCAGUGCAGAACUACGUCAGAAAGGCCGAAUAAAUGGACAAUGAAUUUCCUGUAUUUGACCGUUUGAGGUCAAGCGUUAAGUUUCGAUUCAGCUGCUGCCAGAUACCCUAAGAAGAACAGAAAUUCGAAUUGAUCAACGAUGGCCGAAUUAUCGAUUGUCCCCAAGCUGCUGCUCCCGUUCCCUUCCCCGAAUUCAUAAAGCGCCGCCAACAUAGAAAAGCCCCAUGCCACGUCGACCUCAGCAUUUCUAUUGCACGACCUGUUCUAAGCCAACGAGUUCCGCUUGCGUGAUCUGGAGAUGCGCAGGGGCUUUGCAGGUCACAUGCCCGAACUUGCAGCCAGUAGGUUGCUGUCCUCAUUCUUGUCAAAAUUAGGUAGACUGGUGACCCUGAUAGGCGAACUGAACUCAUGGGGUAUAAAUUUACAAACAGCAUCCGUAUUUUAAUAUUUACCACGAAUAGAUGAUUGACCGGACUAAUUAGUGGUUUAGUUAACCAGAAUGUACUGUAUAUGCCUGCCUGCAGUUACACAAAAGCACUUGUUUGACAAAAGUCAAAACCCAACUGAGAGCCAAAUAAUUCAGUUAAAGUCGAACUGAAGCCCCGUAAUUCUCCACCGAGCCAUACACGCAGGCUCCGAGAAGGGCCAUUUGUGUCAAGUGCAAUAGGUCACCAAUAAUUCUGGCAUGGUUAGAGAAUCACAUAUUUAUGAUUAUUUCUUGUCUGGGGCCUAGACUGGAGCCAUCCCAUGUGAGCACAGAGCGCUGGAACUCUAAAAAAAGUGGAAUGGACCAUUUCAAUAAAAUAUAUACCUACUAGCUUGUAUGUUUUGCCUUCUAGAGUCGGUUAAUCUGGUUACAACUGUCAUCAACAAUGUCAGUGGUCAUAAGUAUCUAGUUAUAAAGGCAAAUCCCCUCUGGCUUGAUUGUUCUGUGGCGCGAUAUCCUUAUCUUUGAGUGGGCUUGAGCUAAAACAGUGCCUACCAGUUUGAUUAUUUUUGAGAUUUUUUCAUUCGGGACGUUUAAACCCUGAAAUGGAAUCAUUUGGUACAUUUUAAGCGAACGUCAGUUAAAUUUAAAGGCAUUUGGCGUCCUAAAUAGUAUAGGAAAAUAUAAGACGCAAAAAUAUUGACUUGUAGACAGAGCAAAGCAGCAGGGCAAGAAUGGAUUCACUAAUGUUGUAUUUCCGCAUGUUAGGUUUUUAAGCCUGCGCCCACUAACUUCUCUAUCAAAAAUUUCACGAGAAUUUGCUUCGCUCACCGUCUGGUAUUGCUCUUGUAGUUAACCAUCUCCAGGGGCCCACAACCGGUUAUUUUAAACCUCCCUUCUCCAGUCCCCGGCCAAACGUAA